CAUUAGUAGGCAGGAACAAUGGCUACUCGCUACCACCAAGCUGCUAGCGAUAGCUAUCUGGAACUUUUGAAAGAGGCUACCAAGAGAGAUCUGAAUAUUGCUGAUGAGGAUGGCAUGACUCCCACACUCCUGGCAGCCUAUCAUGGGAACUUGGAAGCCCUAGAAAUAAUCUGCAGCCGAGGUGGGGAUCCUGAUAGAUGUGACAUCUGGGGAAAUACGCCUCUACAUUAUGCAGCCUCCAAUGGUCAAACUCAUUGUGUGUCAUUCCUGGUCAACUUUGGUGCUAACAUCUUUGCCCUGGAUAAUGACUUGCAGACUCCUCUGGAUGCUGCUGCUAGCAGAGAGCAGAAUGAAUGUGUUGCUCUCCUGGAUAAGGCUGCCACUAACCAGAAUAUCAUGAACCCUAAGAAGGUAGCCAGGCUGAAAGAGCAGGCUCAGAAGAAUGCCAAGAGGCAGAUCAAAGAGUGCGAGAAGCUGCAGGAAAAACACCAGAAUAAGAUGGCCCGUACCUAUAGUAGGGAGGACUCUGGGACUCUUUCUUCUUCCAAGGGCACUUUCUCUAGUUCAUCAGUUUCCAGUGCUUCUGCUUCCAGCAAAUUUGGGUCACUGUCGAAGGGCAUCAAAGAUACUUUCAAGUUAAAGUUCAAGAAGAACAAAGACACAGCAGAACAGAUAGGAAAGGAAGGCAGAAGCGGGCAGAGGAAUGUGAUGGAAGUUUUCAGAGAGGAGGAAGAAGAGGAGACAUUUUCAGAAAACUUCAAGGAGAAGCUCCAGUUCUCAGCAGAGGAAGAUGACACUGUACAACAUGAAUCUAUUCUCAACCGUCCAGGUCUGGGGAAUAUUAUUUUUAGAAAGAACAGGAUACUGAGCCCUGAAGAGAUAUUAGAGAGGAAGGGAGAAAUGGGAUUCAAAAUAUCCAGUGAAUUGUUUCAGAGAGAAGGAGCUGCCGAGAUGGAUGAAGGUGAAGCAAAUGAAGAGGGAGAGGAAAAUGACUAUAAAGAUGAGUUGCCUUGGGAGGAGCAUGAAAUGGAAUGGGAGGAAGAUGUGGUUGAUGCUACCCCCUUGGAAGUGUUCUUGCUGUCUCACCAACUGGAAGAAUUUCUUCCUAUUUUCAUGAGAGAGCAGAUUGACCUAGAUGCUUUGCUGCUGUGCUCUGAUGAGGACCUUCAGAGCAUACAAAUGCAGCUGGGGCCCAGGAAGAAAGUUCUUAAUGCCAUCAACAGAAGGAAGCAGGUGAUUCAACAAUCUGGGCAGUUAGUUGACACUAGUCUCUGA